UUUUAGUACUUCAUUAACGUCGUUAGCGGGUUAGUUUGUAAUGGAGAAGCUACGAAGAGUGGAUGAAGCUGGUGAUAAUCGUUGGGCGGAAUUGCAGGAACGAUUCGUUUCGGAAGCGCGUGAUAAAGAAGCUGAUGUUUUAUUUCUAGGUGAUGAUCAUAUAGCUUUGCUUGAACAAUCAAUAGUAAGUUGUUCAUUCUUUCAACUAAAAUUUACUUAUUAGUAAUCGUCCACGAAAUCACAUUCAUUCCAGAUGUAUCGAGAAAAUUUAGCCCCACUACAUUGCUUGUGUUUUGGUGCUUUUGGCGACAAAAUAUCGAAUUUAUUGUGGAGGCUUGAAAAUAAUAUUUUGGAAGGCUUGAAUCCCAAGGUGAUUGUUGUAUCGAUUGGCAAUUCGGAUUUCGAAUUAACUGAAGAAGAGAUGUUAGAAGGGCUGAAAAGUGUCGCUGGAACUAUUCGAAAGCAGAAGCCGUCAGCAAAACUGUAUUUUAUGAAACUUCUUCCAUCUGGAAGAAGACCGAACAAACGACGUGAGCUAGUCAGUCGAAUCAAUGAAAGUUUGGAAAAUGUAUUAAAGGGUGUGGCAGAUGUGAUCGAUGUGGAACCUUCCAUACAAGGUACGAAUGGCCAGAUUGAAUCUCAUUAUAUGUUUGAUUACGUUCAUCUCACUCAAGAAGGUUAUCGGAAAAUAUAUGAGCCUGUUCUGGUUGCCGUAAGUGCUGCACUUAAUCCGGACCCAUGAUGUCAUUUAUAUCUUGAAAUCCGGUCCUUUAUAGUUUUUUUGUCACGCAAUUUUGAGGCUCUCUUCAUUAAGUCCUUAUCUGGGUCUUAAUUUGGUGAAAUUCGUUCUUGUGAUUAACUUUACUUGUUUUUGUAUUACCAAAAAAAUAGUUCAAUAAUUUCGGCCGUAAUUAUUCUGCGUAUUUCAACAGUUCCGGCUUUCGUUUAAAAGAUGAUGCAGUGUAUGCCUGUUGAUCCCAUCUCCUGUUUCAUUGUAACAUGAACUCCAGGGUACUGGAUUUUUUGCUUAGUGACGAGCUGAAAAAGUACAUCUCAUAAAUUAAUUUAAUCUUUAUUCUAUUUUGUUGAAUCAUUAAGAAAUAUCACUUAAACAUGAACAUGAAAGUCGUAACUAAACUUUACUUGUUUUUGUAUUAUUACAAGUCAUUCGAGAAUUUAUAGGAUAGUUGAUGUGUACUUUGACUUUCAUUUCAAUCCGAUUCUUUUUUCUCUCUUUCCUUGCCAGUGUCUGUUUUGUGAAACUCUGCUGUGAUCUCGCUUUCUAGUUUAGCUCGAUUCUUUUUACUGUUGUAAAUCCAUCCAAAUAUGUACCGAGCUAUACAUAAUUCUUCCUUUUAGCCAUGAAAUCUUUAAAAAAAAUGCUUUCUGUGAUCCUCAUAUUUUUUUUCCAUCUGUUGGUGAUAGCAAAAAUUUUAUUUUAUUAGUAGUUGACUCUGUCAGUAGCUUUGUCACUUUGCUACACAUGUUCGGCAUAUCCAUUGUUUAUUCUAUAGCAUUAAGCGAGCA